AUGGGGGUAAUAAAAAAUUUUAAGACUUUGUAUCGUGGGAAAUUGGUUAAUUACGUAUUAGAAUCCAUUGAUGAAAAUUUAUUAACAACUUCCACAACAGCCAGAGAGAUAAGUUCAAAAAUUUCCCUUUUGCAAGCAAUACAGUUUGCCGCUGAUAGUUGGCGAGCUAUAAAAGCCACUACAAUACAGAACUGUUUUACUAAUUGUGGCUUUAAACGCCUAGAAAUUUCCAAAAAUUUAAGCAACGAAGAAAAUGAGGAUAUGUUGCAAGUUCCUAUUUGUAUUAACUAUGAAGAAUUUUCAACAAUAGAUAACAAUUUACCAUGUUACGAUGAUAAUGAAAACUGUGAGGAUUCAAUCGUAGAAGGUAUUAAAUCAAAACAUGGAAAAUUAGACGAAGAUGACGAUGAUGAGGAUGAGUCACCUGUGCCUCUGACUAACCAGGAA